AACCGAAAAAAAUCCGUUUCAAAUCGUAAACUCUUGUUUCUUUUUUUCAUUUUUAUCCAGAAAAUCUUUGAUCAAAUAAUAAUGACACAUCUUCAACGAUUAAGCAUACAAGGUAUACGAAGUUUUGAUCCAAAUGAACCACAAGAGAUUCGAUUUUUCCCACUUACAAUUAUUAUCGGUCCAAAUGGUGCGGGUAAAACAUCGAUAAUUGAAUCAUUAAAAUAUGUUACAACCGGUAUGAUGCCACCAAAUAGUAAUAGUGGAAAAACAUUUAUUCAUGAUGUACAAUUUAUGGAUAAAUCAAUUGUUCGUGGACAAAUUCGUUUAUUGUUUACUGAUGUUGAAAAAAAAUCCACAAUAAUAACACGCUCGAUGCAAGCAACAUUAAAAUAUCUAAAAGAUAAACCACAGAUAACAUUUCGUCAAAUGAAUGCUGUAAUUAAACGUGGUAAUCGAUCGAUUGAUCAAAAAUUAGCCGAUAUUAAUGCCGAACUAUUAGAAUUGAUCGGUGUAUCCAAAGCCGUAUUGAAUAAUGUAAUAUUUUGUCAUCAAGAAGAUAUUCAUUGGCCAUUAAGUGAAGGUAAAAUUUUAAAAGAAAAAUUUGAUGAUAUAUUUGGUUCGGCUGCCUAUACAAAAGCAUUAGAAUCGAUAAAAAAAUUACGUGAUGAAGAAAUGAUUCAGCUAAGAUUAUUGGAAAAAGAUGUUGUUUUUACACAACAUAUUCGUAAAGAAGUUGAUUCAAAACGUAAACAAAUUGUGGAAGAAAAAUCCAAAAUUGAAGUUGAAAAAGAAAAAAUCCGAAAUCUGGAAUCAAAAAUCAAUCAACUUGAUAGUCGAAUAAAUGAUUUGAUUGAUAAUGAACAAUAUGCUGAAAUGAUGUCGAAAAAAAUAUCCGAAUUAAUUGGUUCGAUUGAUGAAAAACGAAAAAAUAUUGAUGAAAUUGGUAAAAAUUGUAACCAACCGGAAUUGAUCGAAUUAAAUCGUCAACAAAUUGAUGAACGUUUAGUUAAUUUUGAUAAAAAUUUUAAUGAAUCUAAAUCAAAAAAAUCAUCGCUUGAUUUACGAUUGAUCGAAUGCAAUGAACAAUAUGAUGAAAUUGCGAAAGAAAAAUCAAAAUUUUCAUAUCAUCAAGCACAGAUUGAUUUUUAUAGAAAUCAAUUGGCAAAAUAUUUUGACAAUGAAAUCAAUGAUAUUGUUAAUGGUCAAUGGUCAUCGAUAUUAAUUCGAGAAAAUUAUAAACAAAUCAAUCGAAAUGAUUGGAAAUCGAUUAAAGACGAAUUUUUUGAUAAUUUUAUUGAAUAUCUUCGAAAAUUGAUUGAAAAUUCAGAGAAUUUAAUUGAAAAUAGUCAACAUGAGUAUUCGAAAAAAGAUUCGGAACUUCAACAACAGUUCGAUACAAUAAAAAAUGAGAAAGAUAAAAUUGAAAUGGAAAUUGAAUUUCGUAAAUCUGAACAACAAGAUCUACAAACAAAAAUCGAUACUAUUCAAAAUGAAAUGAAAAAUUUACCGGGAAAUUUUCUCACCAAAUUAGAUGCGGAGAUUUCAAAUCUUGAAAUGGAAUUGAAUAAAAUUAAUCAAAAACAAAAUGAAAUUGAUUCAAAAUCAGAAAUUGAUCGUUUAGAAGAACGAAAAAAAUCAUUACGAUCAGAAUGUGAUUCAUUGAAAGAACAUAUUGUUGCAGCCAAAGCCGUUUCAGAUGCCAUCCGAACAUCAUUAGGUCCAAAAGGUAUGGAUAAAAUGAUUGAAUCAUCGAACGGUGAUGUUACCAUUACGAAUGAUGGUGCUACAAUCCUGAAACAAAUGCGCGUAUUACAUCCAGCCGCAAAAAUGUUAGUCGAAUUGAGUAAAGCACAAGAUAUUGAAGCUGGUGAUGGUACUACAUCGGUAGUUGUAUUAGCCGGUUCAUUGUUGGAUGCAGCGGAUAAACUUCUUAAACGUGGUAUUCAUCCUUCAGCAAUUUCCGAUUCAUUUCAACGUGCUGCAACAAAAUCUGUUGAAAUAAUGGAAGGAAUGUCAAUUCCAGUCAAUUUGGAUGAUCGUGAUACAUUGAUCAAAGCGGCAACAACCAGUUUGAAUAGUAAAGUUGUAUCACAACAUUCAUCACUUUUGGCACCAAUAUCGGUGGAUGCUGUAUUGAAAGUACAAGAAAAUAAUAAUGUCGAUCUAAAAGAUAUUAAAAUCAUUCGAAAACUAGGUGGAACAUUGGAUGAUACGCAAAUGUUUGAUGGUUUGGUUUUACCGCAAAAAUUUGCCAAUGAUUUUGGUAUGAAAAAAAUUGAAAAAGCUCGUAUCGGUUUGAUUCAAUUCUGUGUAUCACCACCGAAAACUGAUAUGGAUAAUCAGGUAGUUAUAUCGGAUUAUACACAAAUGGAUCGAAUAUUGAAAGAAGAACGUCUUUACAUUUUGAAUAUUGUAAAACAAAUCAAAAAAACUGGCUGUAAUGUUCUACUUAUACAGAAAUCUAUUCUACGUGAUGCAUUGAAUGAAAUGGCUAUACAUUUUUUUAACAAAGCUAAAAUUGCUGUCAUACGUGAUGUUGAACGUGAAGAUAUUGAAUUUGUUUGUAAAUCAUUGGGUUGUCGUCCGGUUGCUAGUUUGGAUCAUUUUGUACCCGAAGCAUUAGCAUCGGUUGAUUUAGUAGAAGAAGUUUCAGAUGCAAAAUUUAUACGUUUUUCUGGAAUUUCAUCACCAAAUGCUAAUCGUACGGUAAAUAUUGUUAUUCGUGGUUCGAAUAAAUUGGUUUUGGAAGAAGCUGAACGAUCAUUACAUGAUGCAUUAUGUGUUAUUCGUUGUUUGGUUAUACGGCCAGCAUUAAUAUCAGGUGGUGGUUCUUUAGAAAUUGAAUUAUCACGAAAAUUGACUGAAUUUAGUCGUACAUUGGUUGGAUUAGAUGGUAUAUGUUUUCGUUCAUUUGCCGAAGCAUUAGAAAUAAUACCAUAUACAUUGGCUGAAAAUGCUGGUCUUAAUCCGAUUGUUACCGUUACUGAACUACGUAAUCGUCAUGCAAAUGAUGAAAAAUAUACCGGAAUUAAUGUACGUUUAGGAUCAGUAUCGGAUAUGUUGGCCGAAAAUGUUGUACAACCAUUACAGGUUUCAAUUGCUGCUAUAACAUUAGCAUCGGAAACUGUACGAUCAUUAUUGAAAAUUGAUGAUAUUGUACACACUGUUCGUUGAUAAUAAUGAUAAAUAUUUUUGCAAACAUAUUGAUUUACUUUUUUUUUACCAGUUUUAAUAACAAAACUAAAAAAAUUGAUUAUUAUAAUACAGGUGUGUGGAAUAUACAUGUAAUGCAUUGCAUGUGGCAACCAAAAAAAAAAUUUAUUAAAAAAGAAUUUUUGAAAAUGUCCUGAAA